UCACCCCCCCCCCCCAGCCGGUCACGUGUCCCUCCAGCAGCGCGCAUCAGAGGGCUCCGGGCACCCGCAGAGACCAUGGCACCAAAGAAAGCUGAAGACAAACCCAUGCCCAUCAUUGGGCGCUUUGGGACGUCGCUAAAGAUCGGAAUCGUCGGCUUGCCGAACGUCGGCAAAUCGACGUUCUUCAACGUGCUGACGAAGAGCCAAGCGUCGGCCGAGAACUUCCCGUUCUGCACCAUCGACCCAAACGAGAGCCGCGUGCCGAUUCCCGACCCGAGAUACGACUUCCUGUGCCAGUACCACAAGCCGCUCAGUAAGGUGCCGGCGUUCCUGAACGUGGUGGACAUCGCGGGGCUGGUGAAGGGUGCCCAUGCCGGCCAGGGCCUCGGCAACGCCUUCCUGUCCCACAUCAGUGCCUGCGACAGCAUCUUCCACAUGACACGGGCGUUUGACGACGACGACAUUGUGCACGUGGAGGGCUCGGUGGACCCCGUGCGUGACAUCGAGAUCAUCCACGACGAGCUGCGGCUCAAGGACGAGGAGCUCAUCGCGCCCAUCCUCGACAAGCUGGAGAAGAUGGCCGUGCGGGGCAACGACAAGAAGCUGAAGCCCGAAUACGACAUCAUGUGCAAGAUAAAGAGCUGGGUGGUGGAUGAAAAGAAGCACAUCCGAUUCCACCCCGAUUGGAAUGAUAAGGAGAUCGAGGUUCUGAACAAGCACCUGCUCCUCACCUCCAAGCCCAUGGUCUACCUGGUGAACCUGUCCGAGAAAGACUACAUCCGCAAGAAGAACAAGUGGUUGAUCAAAAUCAAGGAGUGGGUGGACAAGAACGACCCCGGUGCCGUGCUCAUCCCCUUCAGCGGCGCGCUUGAGCUCAAACUCCAGGAGAUGACGGACGAGGAGAAGGAGAAGUACCUGACCGAGGUCAAGACCACCAGCGCUCUGACAAAGAUCAUCAAGACGGGAUACGCGGCCCUGCAGCUCGAGUACUUCUUCACGGCGGGACCCGACGAGGUCAGGGCGUGGACCAUACGGAAGGGAACCAAGGCUCCUCAAGCGGCCGGAAAAAUCCACACGGACUUUGAGAAGGGAUUCAUCAUGGCCGAAGUCAUGAAGUAUGACGACUUCAAAGAGGAAGGCUCAGAAAAUGCUGUCAAGGGGGCUGGCAAGUACAGGCAGCAGGGACGCAACUACGUCGUCGAGGAUGGAGACAUCAUCUUCUUCAAGUUCAACACGCCGUCGCAGCCUAAGAAGAAGUAACGCGAAGCGGUUCCGCGUGCAGGCCCCGGCGCUCGUGCUCACGAAAGCCCCUGCUUGAUCGCUCCAGCUCGCCCGUGCUCACAUCCGGCCCUCCGUGACACUAACUUCAUGGAUUUCAAACUUCACGGACUCAAAAUGUGCACGCAAAGCAUUUUUAUCGACGCUCGGCAGCGUUUUUAAAGGAAAUUGCGUGUAACGAGUGUACGCGGUUUUUUUUGUUUGCGUCGUUUACAUCGUUGCCAAAUUAGUGGCCGAUAUGCUAGUCACAGGUUUUAUUUUGUGAGGGUAUAUAAUUGGUGGCAACUUGUCGGCUUGGCUUAAAGGGACACUUUCCUGUGUUUCUCAGUCCGGCAUUGGUACAGCCGUGAUAAAUAAUGAGCGUUUAAUUACUAAACCUGACAGUCUACAAAGCAUUUCUUAACAAAUCUAACAUAGUCACACUGGCCAUCCUCUCAAUUGGCUGCAGUUACCACUGCUGUUAUGGGAUUUUAUUUGUCUCGCAAAAGGGGACAUCCAAAUGCUAUCUCUCUGGGUACACCGAGCAGCGCACAGUGGCUGUAACAAUUCGUUGAGCAGCUGAAAUGACCCGAGAGGCUCGGAGAUUGGGCAUCCUUGCAUGUGUUGUGGAGAUUUGGGGUGUUUGACGAGGCUUGCUGCGAAUGUGGGUCAAGAUCCGAUCGAGGGGAGCCUCGACUUAAAAGAUCAGCCCAUCUUUUACGCUGGUAUAUUCACGUGAGCUUCAUGCACCUACAUUUCACUCGCAUUUAACAAAAAUGAGACUUUAUUCAUCAUACCUGCCCCAGAAAGUAAUGGCAUAAAUAUUGUGUGACAUGUCAAAAAAUGAUGUCAGAAAACGUUUGAAAUAUACCUUGAGAACUGCAAUAAAAAGACGAUGCUUUCAGAGAAUCUGCAGACUGGAAUGGUGCCAACAGGCCAAGCAGCGUACAUACAAUUUGACGAUAAUGCUGUCAAGCUGUGCAUUCUUGGAGCCCCUCAUCUUGAGGGGGCUCAUCGAGACAGGGAUGACCGCGUCUGGAAAUAAAACAGCGAUGGAAGUG